GUUCACGUGGUUCCCAGCCACCAAUCAGAUUUUCCAGCUGGGGAAGGCAACUUUUCCGCUGUCUCUCGGCUCUGCGAAAUGGCGGCGUUCGGGGGACGGCGGCUGCUGUGGCAUGGCCGGUGCUGGUUCUCGCAGAUGGAGUCCUCUGUCUCCUCGCAGCCCUCCGACUCGCUCUACCCACCCAUAGUGGCUUCCGCCACGGCGAAGAGCAAAGCGGCCAAGCGGCGGCGCCUGGAGCAUUUCAACCAGCGGGUGCACGCGGCGGCCUCGAUCGAAGAGAAACUGCGGCUCUACGGGCAGCUGCAGCGGCCCAAGUACAUGGUUUACCCACAGACCUUCGCCCUCAACGCCGACCGCUGGUACCGCAGCUUCACCAAGACCGUCUUCGUGCCGGGACUGCCCCCGGCAGCGGUGGCACCUGAGGCCGCCAAAGCCCCGGAGCCGGCAGCGGCGGCACCAGGCGCUGCGAAAAGCCCGGAGGCCGCGGCGGAAGCGGCGCCGAACCUGGAUGUGGACGAGCUGCGCUCCCUCGCCUGCGACGCCCUCCUGCAGGAGAGCUUCUACCAGAACAAGAAGCGGCCGUUCCUCUACCGCGAUCAGGAUCACACGCCCGGCCCGUUCCUUACGCAGCUAGUCUCCACUCUUGCCGCUUUCCUGUGCGGUCGUAACCCGCUGCUGGCUGCCUCCUCCCUUGAUCUAAAACCUGAAGUUAACUAUUACUGGCAUCAUGGUGAGGAAGUUGUUGUUCAUGGACAUCGAAAGGGUAGAGUUGAUCCUGUGCGAUUUCAGAUAGAUGAUAACCCGCACCUCCAGAUCCGUGUACCAAAGCAACUUCCAGAGAUUGUACCGCUGGAUUCGGAUCUUGGAGAUGUUCCUGUUAUUGAUCACAAACCAUCCAAACUGCCGUUGUUCAAAAAGCAGUACGAAAACAAGGUAUUUAUAGGAUCAAAGGUAGCGGAUCCAUGCUGUUAUGGACACACUCAGUUUCACCUUAUUCCUGAUAAACUAAAACGGGAGAGGUUUUUAAGAGUAAAUCUUGAGGAUCAGAUUGAAGUUCUUUACCGAGCUAAUGGUAUUGCAAGUCUCUUUGCCUGGACAGCAGCACAAGCAAUGUAUCAAGGAUUCUGGAACGAAGCAGAUGUGACCCGUCCUUUUGUAUCGCAGGCAGUAGUGACUGAUGGAAGAUACUAUGCUUUCUUUUGUUACCAGCUAAAUACUUUAGCACUAACUGUAGAAACUAUUCAGAAUAACCCUCGGAAGAAUAUCUGUUGGGGUACAGACAGUCAGCCGUUGUAUGAUGUUGUGGAAGAUGGUAAUGUGAAAGGAUUUAAUGAUGAAGUUCUGCUUAAAUUGGUUCAUUUUCUAUUAAACAGACCAAAAGAGUUGUAAAUCAUUGAAGUAUUCCUGUUUAUAUGCCUGAACUUCAUUGAAACUCCAUGAUGUAGAAUAUGCCUUGUUUUCAGUCAAGUAUUGGUAUAGCAAACACUAUAUACAUCUUUUAUGAUAUUUGGGCCUUAUUUCUUUAUUUUAAAUGUAUGAUACUGUACACUGAAAAAUAAAUGUCUAGAAUACCUUAAAGUUUUAGUGUAUUGGCUGUUAAGAAGUGUAUUGCACUAAUUCAAAGUCAUGUGAAUCGUUUCUUUUAGCAGAUCCGUAGCUCUGUGUUGAACUGUCACAGCAAAGUGUGAAUUCCUAUGACAAUCUGAUUAUGUCCUUAGGUAACUGCUGUCUUGAUAUUCAAAAUUACUGAAAAAUUUCUAGUUUUGUGCCUGAAAAGAAAUUGUCUUAAAUGUUUACUGAUUCUAAAGAAAAAGUUCAGAAUAUAAAGUUUCUUAGAAGUGA